UGGGAAACCCUACAUAAAGAGAAAAAAAAAAAAAAAAAAAAAAAGAGAAAACGCCUGGCCGCCUCUCCCCACCCCCACCACCAACUAUAUAAACCUUUGUACCCCUCCCCUUCCUUCUCUCGUUCCCUCUUUCUCUGCUGCAAGGCUGCGCUUCUGAUCUUCAUCGGCUCUGUCUGCAUUUGGUCGAAUCGUAGCAUUGCAGUGUGUUGAAGCUGGAGCUUUGUUUAUUUUUUAUGUCUGAACAAGCCAUUCUAUAUUUUGGUACUAUAGGGCCACUCGAAGAAGAUUGCCCCAAGUCAAGGAAAAGGAACUCCCAUUUCUCUGAUCAAAUUGAAUGCAUACAUCUCAUACCAUUUCAGGAGCAUUGCAUACCUGAAUCAUUUUUUGCUGACAACCCGCUUGAAGGCUUCACCUCAUCAAAUCCCUACUACUUCCCCUCAUAAAACUACGAACUUUGUGAACAUGGCUCUGCAAAAUAUAGGAGCAAGCAACAAAGAUGAUGCCUUCUACAGGUACAAGAUGCCGAGGAUGAUCACCAAGACAGAAGGCCGUGGAAAUGGCAUCAAGACUAAUGUUGUCAACAUGGUUGACAUCGCAAAGGCUUUGGCUAGGCCAGCAUCCUACACCACAAAAUAUUUUGGUUGUGAACUUGGAGCACAAUCAAAAUUUGAUGAAAAAACAGGAAUUUCAUUGGUCAAUGGGGCCCAUGACACUGCAAAGCUAGCUGGUCUGCUUGAAAACUUCAUCAAGAAGUAUGUUCAGUGCUAUGGGUGUAGAAACCCCGAAACAGAGGUCUUAAUAACUAAAUCACAGAUGGUCCAACUGAAAUGUGCUGCCUGUGGUUUCAUCUCUGAUGUGGACAUGAGGGAUAAGCUCACUUCUUUUAUCCUCAAGAACCCACCUGAAGCCAAAAAAAGUUCAAAGGAUAAGAAGUUGUUGAGGAGGGCUGAGAAGGAGAGGAUAAAGGAAGGUGAGGCUGCCGAUGAGAAGCUUAAGAAGGACUCAAAGAAAAAGGUUCCUUCCAAUUCAAGGGAUGCUUCUUCUGCAAAAACUAGCCCUAAAAAAAACCCUAGUAACCAUGUUGAUGAUGAUGAUGAUGAUGAUGAUGGUGUGAUGUGGCAAACUGACACAUCAAUGGAGGCUGCACGACAACGCAUCCAGGAGCAGCUAACUGGUGUAACUGCCAACAUGGUCAUUCUUUCUACAAAUGAUGAAACCACAGAGAAGAAAAAGUCAAAGAAAGUCAACAAGGAACAUGAGAAGCUUGUUGCGGAGUUGAAGGAAAACAUGAAGAAAGGCAUAACUGCUAGCCAGUUCUCAUCUCUCUUGCAGUCACUUCCUGGCACUCCUCAGGAAAUAAUGAAUGCCCUGUAUGAAUCCCUAUUGGAUGGUGUUGACAAAGGGUAUGCAAAGGUGGUUGAGAAAAAGAGGAGUUAUCUUGCAGCUGCUGUUUCUCUGAAUAAAGGGUCACAACUGUUUUUGCUUAAUGCAAUUGGAGAAUUCUGUGGAAAAUCUACCUCUUCUGCGGUGAAGGAAGUCGCUUUGGUUUUGAAAGCAUUGUAUGAUUGUGAUAUUCUGGAUGAAGAAAAUAUUGUCAAGUGGUAUAAUGAGGGUCUUAAGGAGGAGGGCAUGGAUUCUCCACUCUGGAAAAAUGCUAAACCCUUUGUUGACUGGCUUCAAAGUGCAGAGUCUGAAUCUGAGGAGGAAUGAUGAAUUAAGUGACAUAUAUUCUAUACAAUAUAUGUUUCCUGUUUUAUCCCUGUUUGAUUCGGUUAACUCUAGUUCAUUUUUUAUUUUAAAUUAUACCUGCAGGGUUGGUUCACAUAAAGUUUUAGGUAGAUGUGGUGGAAGGGCAAAACUAUCCUUUGAGUGAUAUCUCUGAUUUAUAUCAUUUUGGCUCUGUUUGGAUGGAUGGAUUCGCAUUGGAAGACUCAAGGGUUUUGAGUAUUUCUUAGAUAUAGACAGAAUCAAUCCCUCAGCCUCCUCUGCAAACACAUGCAUAACCCUUCAUCCAAACAGACCAUCAAAGGCGAAGCAGUUGAAUUACACCUUUACCUAGAAACUAUACCCGCACUGUUUUUCCCUUAUUUAUGUUUCGAGUGUCUUUGUUUGGGCUGGACAUGUCCUUGGAUUAUUUUUAUGUAAUGAUGAUUUGGAUUUCCCCUUAUGUUAUGUCUUGCUUUAUA